AUGUUGUCUCAGUCGUCGCAGCCCACAAGCGGCCCUCGCCGCUCGAGCGUUGGAGCAAAGACUCGCGUAUGCGUCCACUGUGGUCGGAAUUUCAGGAGAACGGAGCAUCUCGAGCGGCAUAUCCGUACUCAUACCAAAGAGAAGCCGUUUGUCUGUUUCUGUGGGGCGGCUUUUACACGUCGUGACCUCCUCAAGCGGCACACUCGUAUCUUGCACCAAGACAAUGGCCUCUCUUCACCUAGCUCUCAACCUGAACAGGUAGCCAAGGAUCAGGCUCAGCCGGCGGGUGUUCAGGUUCGCAAGCAGGCCGAAUCUCAUGUUGCCGAAGACCGUCAUGAUGCACAACCUAUGCCGCGGGCAGAGGUUCCUAUGCCUGUAACCCCUACUAUAGGACAAUGGCCCGGUGCCCAUCCUGCAUCGUAUCUGACAGGUGAGCAAAACAUGCUCCACGACCGUGGUAACAACACAGGCCUGGAGACGCAUCCAGCAGUGGAUCAUGAUGCGGACAUUCUUCAAGCGGCACAGCUACUCCUCCCGGGUGCCUAUCGAGACAGUCAACCUGUUGCGCAACCAUUGCCUUACCUUCCUGAAGAGCUGAACCAUUUUCAGGAUUUCACCCAUUUCCUGGACUCGAUCGGCUUGCCGGCGGAGUGGGUUCCCACCGAAGGUGAGAUCUCGCAGGUUCACAGUGCAGUUCCAGCCGAAGUCCCCGAUUCGGGCCGAGCAACUAGAGACCAACUUAGCUCAAAUCGUCGAGGCCAGACGAGGGGGUCCCGCGAUGACUCGCCAUUCAGAUCUUGGCUACCCUCGGUACCGCCAGGAGAUCAGAGCCUCGGGACGGUAUCCGAUCAUGAACCCCCUCAGACCGCAACGAAUUAUUCCCCUCUUAAGGUGACUGAAGAACAAAGACUGCGGCUCGCCACCUCUCUAGAGGAGUUCCGUCACUUAAUUCCUGACUUUGUUUUGCCGUCGCGGCACACGCUGACGAGAUACUUAACCUCGUUCUUUGAUGGCUUCCACACUCACCUACCUUUCAUACACCUUCCCACACUACGGAUCAAUGAACGCGCGCCAGAGUUGAUAUUAGCCUUCUUAACUGUGGGGGCCCAGUAUCGGCUGGAGCACCGGAACGCCGAAAGACUUUUCUACGCCUCAAAAGCUAUCUUACUUCACAGGCUCUCUAAAGAGGCGCAGCCCUCCACUGGAGGGUCGUACAGCAAUGCCAUCCAGAUGCCGAUCUCUACUGUUCCGGGGACGUUUCACCAACAGGCGCCCGCUUCGAUUCCUCUUCCUUUAGGCAAUGCUCCCGGGUGGAGUGCCUGGAGGCAGAUAGAAAACAUCCGCACCCUGCUUGUCUUAAUGGGAUUUGCAAGCUGGGAAGGACCUGAACUCGUUCAGGAAGCGUUUGGUUUACAGCAUUUACUAGUAAGGUGUUUGCGGGAAUUUGGCUUGACUGAAAACAUCGCAGUCACUCCAAGACAUUCGCCUAUGCAUUGGCAUGAGUGGGCGGAGGACGAGUCCGUCCGCCGUACUCGGCUUGUCUCGUUCUGCUUUGUGCAUGUCCACAGCAUCGCGUACAAUAUCUACCCGGUGCUUCGUAGUAGCGAGGUACACUUACGCUUGCCCUGUUCCACCCAGGAAUGGAAAGCCACCACUGCUAGUGAAUGGGAGGCCGCGCAAAAGGAGGUUGGCUCGCAGCAAUUGUUCUUCCAAGAUGCGCUGGCUCUGCUUCUGCAGAAGUCACGAACGCCUGUUAUGUUGGAUCCGAUCCCUUCGCCGUUAGGCAACUACAUUCUACUCCAUGGCCUUCUACAGCGCAUUCAUCUGGUCAGCGAACUUUCCAUCCCGAAUGGAGACCAGUCAUUUUCAUUGCCCACAGAGGAACUAAAUAAACUGGAUCUCGAUCCCCACAAUGAAAAUGGACCCAUUCCAUUCACGUCGAGCUCCCUUUUGGGUUUGGCGUAUGUCCGUCUUUCUCUGAAUCUAGGGCCCUACCGCCAGUUAGAAUCCCGAGACCCGUACGUCAUUGCUGCGGCGCUACAUCGAUCACCGCGGCCGGGACGAAGCUAUCGCCUGACGCCUGCGCUGAUCUAUGCUGCGCACGCAUUAAGCAUUCCUGUACGCCUGGGGAUAGACUAUGUUGCACGAAGUCAGGCCUUCUUCUGGAGUGUCCGACAUUCUAUUGCCAGUCUGGAGUGCGCAGUACUCCUAAGCAAAUGGCUACUGUCUCUAGCUGAGGCAGGAAAUCAGACAUCUCUAAGUGAAAAUGAGAGUCGAAUCCUGAAUUGGACACGUUGCAUAGUCGAAGAAGCCUAUGCUUCAAUGGACCUAGAAAAUGGGGAGACGCCACCAAAUCAAGAUCCACGAAGCCUUGGAUAUGCAGUCAUCAAGCUGUGGGCCCGCCUUUUCCGGCGAAACACCCAGUGGCCCUUCAUCAACGUGAUGGGCGAAAGUCUGGAAAGGUACCUGUCCUUGAUCAGGCAGGAUUGA